AUGUCCGAACAACGUCUUGUCCAACUCGAAGUGCACGCCUCGCGUCUCGCAGAAAUCAACAAAAAUCUUCGAGACAACUUCGAACGAGUUCAAGAAGACAUUGAGAAAUUGAUGGAGAACGAGAAGAAUUUGAUGAAUUUGAGGGAGAAACAAUUGAAACAAGAUUUGUUGCGGUUGUUUUUGGAGAAGGAGGAGUUGAUUGUUGGACAACAAUUGGAAGCCUAUAAUGCUAUUGGUGAGGGUUUUGGGGGGUGGAAAAUAAGGCUAGAGAGCCGGAAAUUCAAGUUUUGCGGGGGAAAAUGAGCCAGAAACCAUGAAAUUUGGCCUAGAAAUCUAAAUCUGAGGUUUUGAAUUUGAAAACUAGCGAUAGUUGUUCAGAUUAAACCUGAGAGGGUAGAAAUGGCCUAGAAAAUCCAGAAGAUCACAUCUGAUGGCCUAGAAAUCCAAAUUUCAAGAUCCUGAUGGCCUAGAAAUCCAAAUAACUACUUGGGUGGCCUAGAAAUCCAAAUCUGAGGUUUGAAAUUCUCAAAUUCAUUUUGGAAAGCAUCAAGAGACUGAAAAUGGUCUAGAAAACCAGAAAGAGAAAUCUGAUGGCCUAGAAACCCAAAUUUUACGAUCCUGAUGGCCUAGAAAACCCAUUCUUGGACUAGAAAAUCGAAAUUCCGAGUUAGAUGACCUAGAAAACCAAGUUCCCAAGUGAUUUGGUUUUCUAGGCCAUCGUCAUUCCAACUUUUGGAUUCCGACACUCUAGAAGCCCAAUUUUACGAUCCUUGUGACCUAGAAAACCCAUUCUUGGACUAGAAAACCAAGUUUUCAGGUUACUUGGUUUUCUAGGCCACAAGAAAUUAAAUUCUACCUUUUUUCCCUAUUUUUUUCUCAAAAUUCGAAUUUUCUUAUCACUAAACCCAUCAAAGUAUACAAAAAGUUCAGACAUUUUUCUUAUCAAAACAUUUUCUGAACCUCUAUUUUCUUAUCAACAAAAUCAACAAAAAAAAUUCCAGGCGCGUGUCGUCAAUCAAUCAAACAACAACACUCCGCAGUUCCGCCCACCUCCUUCAAUUUCCUUGAAAAAGAGCUGCGCGAGCCACAAAUCGCUUUGCGAAUUGAUGACGCGAUUCUGCGACGUCGCAACUUGGAACUCGCGAAUUUUGGCGCGAUUUUGUGUGAGGAAAAGCCGAGCAAAGUUGAAGGAACUUUGAAUUUUUUCGUCGAAAAAUACGAGGCUGAAGAAGAGCACUUCGAUUUGAUGUAUAAAAGUUGCGAUGAGAAAAUCUGGCUGAAAAAGGAAAUUUCAGAAGAAGAUGCGCAAAGUGAAACUUCGAGUUUUGAAAUUAUCAGCGAAAAAACUAAUAUGAGCAAUCUGGAAAAACCCAUGGAAUAUUGGUUGGCUGAGAAAAGUGUGGCUGACAAUUUGAUGGCUGAAAAUGAAUGGGAUUUUGGACGAGUUAUUAGAAGUCUACAAAAUUCAGAUGAUCGAAAAUGGAUCAUGGAAAAUGGAGCGUCAAGUUCGAAAACUGAAACUGGAGCUGAAACUGAAACUGAAGCUGAAAAUGUAGAAAUGGAAAUGGAGGAAGAAACUAGAAAAUUGAGCGAAUUUGAGAUGAUUGAACAAUUGACAAAAAUGUUUGGAAAGAGUUUUGAGAAGAGCAAAAAUGGCGGGAAAAUGAUGGGAAUUGAGGAUUUGAAUGCUUGGAGGGUGAGCGAAUUUUUGGGGCUGAAAUUAGAGUUUUGAGCUAGAAAUUUUGAGAUAAAAGAACCUAGAUUCACAAAUUCUCCAGAAAAAUCUGAUUUUAUGAAGCUAAACAAGCUGAAUUUGGAUUUUUUUCAGCUAGAAAAAUUAAUUUUUUUAUCGAAAAAAAUUGACUGUUUCAAAAAAUCUAGAAAUGCAGAUUUUUGAACCUGGACAAGCUCAAUUUGGAUUUUUUUCACCUAGAAAUUUUUUUUUUCGAAAAAAAAAUUUACUGUUUCAAAAAAUCUAGAAAUUUUAUGGGAAAAUUUUAGUUUUUGUUUAAUCAAUCAGUGAUGUUGUUUGAGAAUCGAAUUUAAAUGUAAAAAUUAGAAUUUUUCAAUAAAAAUCACUAGAAAAUAUUUUUAAAAACUCUGAUUUUUCAAAAGAAAAAAAUUUACUGUUUCAAAAAAUCUGAGAAAUUUCUAGUGAAAAAUUAAUUUUUGGUGAUUUUACGGGAGACAUUUCUUUGAAAAUUUUUCAAAUCUUGAAUUUUUCACUGUUAAGCAACCCGAAUUCGAACAUUUUAAGCUAAGAAAAUUAAUUUUUAUUUGGAAAAAAAAUUCACUGUUUCAAAAAAACUAGAAAUUUCUUUGGAAAAUUUUGGUUUUCGUUAAAUUGUUUUUUGUUUAUAAAUCGAAUUUAAAUGUAAAAAUUUGAAUUUUUCAAUAGAAAAACACUAGAAAAUAAAAAGAACUUUCGUUUUUCAACAGAAAAAAAUUCACUGUUUCAAAAAAUAUAGAAAUUUCUAGUGAAAAAUUAAUUUUUGGUGUUUUUACGAGAGACAUUUUUUUUGAAAAUUUUUCAAAUCUUGAAUAUUUCAUUGUUAAGCAACCUGAAUUCGAAUAUUUCCUGCUAAAAUAUUAAUUUUUAUUUCGAAAAAAAAUCACUGUUUCAAAAAAUUUAGAAAUUUUUUGGGAACAUUUUGAUUUUCGCUAAUUUUGUUGGACCGGUUUGAAAAUCGAAUUUUCAAUUUUUCCAUAGAAAAUCACCAAAAAAUUCUGAUUUUUCAAUAGAAAAAAUUCACUGUUUCAAAAAAUCUAGAAAUUUAUUGGGAAAAAUUAAUUUUUGGUGUUUUUACGAGAGACAUUUUUUUGAAAAUUUUUCAAAUCUUGAAUAUUUAAUUGUUAAGCAACCUGAAUUCGAAUAUUUCCUGCUAAAAUAUUAAUUUUUAUUUCGAAAAAAAAUCACUGUUUCAAAAAAUUUAGAAAUUUUUUGGGAACAUUUUGAUUUUCGCUAAUUUUGUUGGACCGGUUUGAAAAUCGAAUUUUCAAUUUUUCCAUAGAAAAUCACCAAAAAAUUCUGAUUUUUCAACAGAAAAAAUUCACUGUUUCAAAAAAUCUAGAAAUUUAUUGGGAAAAAUUAAUUUUUGGUGUUUUUACGGGAGACAUUUUUUUGAAAAUUUUUCAAAUCUUGAAUUUUUGACUGUUUCAAAAAUUUCUCUACAAAAAAUCAUAUUUCGAAAUCUUGAAAUUGGUGAAAAAUUCAGAUUUUUGAACCUGAACAAGCUCAAUUUGGAUUUUUUCAGCUAAAAAAAUAUUUUUUAUUUCGAUAAAAAAUUCACUGUUUCAAAAAAUCUAGAAAUGUUAUGGGAAAAUUUUGUUUUUGGUCAUGUUAAUUGAUGUAUUUCAAAAAAUGGAAUUUAAAUGUGAAAAUUUGAAUUUUUCCAUAGAAAAUCACCAAAGAAUUCUCAUUUUUCAACAGAAAAAUUGACUGUUUCAAAAAAUCCAGAAAUUUUUUGGGAAAAAUUAAUUUUUGGUAUUUUUACGGGAGACAUUUUUUUUGAAAAUUUUUGAAAUCUUGAAUUGAAUUUUUCAAACAAGCUGAAUUUGGAUGUUUUCUGCUAAAAAAUUAAUUUUUUUAUCGAAAAAAAAAUUCACUGUUUCAAAAAAACUAGAAAUUUCUUUGGAAAAUUUUGGUUUUCGUUAAAUUGUUUUUUGUUUAUAAAUCGAAUUUAAAUGUAAAAAUUUGAAUUUUUCAAUAGAAAAACACUAGAAAAUAAAAAGAACUUUCGUUUUUCAACGGAAAAAAAAUUGACUGUUUCAAAAAAUAUAGAAAUUUUUAGUGAAAAAAAUUUUUUAGUUUCAAAAAAUCAGAUUUUCUCCAAUUUUUUUUCAGAAAAACUAAUUUUUGGUUCGACAUUUUUUUGAAAAUUCUCCAAAUCUUGAAUUUUUCACUGUUAAGCAACCUGAAUUCGGAUAUUUUCAGCUAGAAAAAUUAAUUUUUAUUUCGAAAAAAAUUGACUGUUUCAAAAAAUUUAGAAAUUUUUUGGGAAAAUUUUGGUUUUCGUUCAAAAUUAAAAUUUUUCAAUAGAAAAUCACUAGAAAAUGUUUUAAAAAACUUUGAUUUUUCAACAGAAACAAAUUCACUGUUUCAAGAAAUCUUGUAAUAUUUUCCUGAAACCCGUAAAAACACCAAAAAUAAUUUUUCCCAAUAAAUUUCUAGAUUUUUUGAAACAGUCAAUUUUUUCUGUUGAAAAUUUUUUUUUAUUUUCUUGUGAUUUUCUAUUGAAAAAUUCUAAUUUUUACAUUUAAAUUCCAUUUUUCAAAUACAUCAAUUAACUUUUUCUGUUGAAAAAUCAAUUUUUUUUCAGUUUCUAGUGAUUUUCUAUUGAAAAAUUCGUAUUUUUACAUUUAAAUUCGAUUUUCAAACAACAAAUUAAUUUAACUAAAACCAAAUUUUUGCCAAGAAAUUUCUAGAUUUUUUUUUUUUUUUCACUGUUUCAAGAUUUCUUUUCAAAAAACUAGGGCUGUAAAUAGUUCACACGAACACACCACACACGCGGCGAGGCAGCAGCGAACACACUGUCACACUAUGCACCCGAAUACACUGCACACGAACACACUGUUUUUUCUGUGUGUGUUUGGUUGAAAACACAUGCAAAAAAAGUAGUGUAUUCGGGGGUAGUGUGUUCGUGUGCAUCAGUGUAUUCGUGUGAACACACAAAUGUGUUUUUCGGCACACGAACACCACUUUUUACAGCCCUACAAAAAACAUAUCGAAAUCUUGAAAUUGGUGAAAAAUUCAGAUUUUUGAACCUGAACAAGCUGAAUUUGGAUUUUUUCAGCUAAAAAAAUAUUUUUUAUUUCGAUAAAAAAUUCACUGUUUCAAAAAAUCUAGAAAUUUUAUGGGAAAAUUUUGUUUUUGGUCAUGUUAAUUGAUGUAUUUGAAAAAUGGAAUUUAAAUGUAAAAAUUAGAAUUUUUCAAUAGAAAAUCACUAGAAACUGAAAAAAAAAUUGAUUUUUCAACAGAAAAAAAUUGACUGUUUCAAAAAAAUCUUGUAAUAUUUUUCUGUAGAAAUGUUUUUGUUUCGUCUUAAUUUUUCAGAAAAAAAUGAAAAAUCUUGAAUUUUUCACUGUUUCAAGAUUUCUCUACAAAAAAUCAUAUUUCGAAAUCUUGAAAUUGGUGAAAAAUUCAGAUUUUUGAACCUGAACAAGCUCGAUUCGGAUUUUUUUCACCUAGAAAAUUUUUUUUUCGAAAAAAAAAUUGACUGUUUCAAAAAAUCUAGAAAUUUUAUGGGAAAAUUUUAGUUUUCGUUUAAUUAAUCAGUGAUGUUGUUUGAAAAUCGAAUUUAAAUGUAAAAAUUAGAAUUUUUCAAUAAAAAUCACUAGAAAAUAUUUUUAAAAAAGUUGAUUUUUCAAAAGAAAAUAUUCACUGUUUCAAAAAAACUAGAAAUUUCUUGGGAAAAUUUCGGUUUUCGUUAAGUUGAUUCGACUGGUUAGAACAUCGAAUUUUGAAUUUUUCAAUAGAAAAUCACUGGAAAAUUUUUAAAAAAAAUCUUUGAUUUUUCAACAGAAAAAAUUCACUGUUUCAAAAAAUCUAGAAAUUUAUUGGGAAAAAUUAAUUUUUGGUGUUUUUACGGGAGACAUUUUUUUUGAAAAUUUUUCAAAUCUUGAAUUUUUCACUGUUUCAAGAUUUCUCUACAAAAAAUCAUAUUUCGAAAUCUUGAAAUUGGUGAAAAAUUCAGAUUUUUGAACCUGAACAAGCUGAAUUUGGAUUUUUUCACCUAGAAAAUUUUUUUUUUUCGAAAAAAAAAUUUACUGUUUCAAAAAAUCUAGAAAUUUUAUGGGAAAAUUUUAGUUUUCGUUUAAUUAAUCGGUGGUAUUGAAAAUCGAAUUCAAAUGUAAAAAUUAGAAUUUUUCAAUAAAAAUCACUAGAAAAUAUUUUUAAAAAUUUUGAUUUUUCAACAGAAAAAAUUGACUGUUUCAAAAAAUCUAGAAAUUUCUUGGAAAAAAUUUGGGUUUCGUUAAAUUGAUUCUUUGUUGUUUGAAAAUCGAAUUUUUAAUUUUUAAUAGAAAAUCACUGGAAAAUUCAGAUUUUUGAACCUGAACAAGCUCAAUUUGGAUUUUUUCACCUAGAAAAUUUUUUUUUUCGAAAAAAAAAUUCACUGUCUCAAAAAAUCUAGAAAUUUUUUGUGAAAAUUUUGGUUUUCGGUCGAGUAGUUGUUGUUGAUGUUUGAAAAUCGAAUUUAAAUGUAAAAAUUCGAAUUUUUCAAUAGAAAAUCACUAGAAAAUUUUUUUAAAAUUCAGAUUUUUCAACAGAAAAAAUUGACUGUUUCAAAAAAUUUAGAAAUUCCUAGUGAAAAAUUAAUUUUUUUUUGAAAAUUUUUAAAAUCUUGAAUUUUUCAUUGUUAAGCAACCUGAAUUCGGAUUUUUCCAGCUAGAAAAAUUAAUUUUUUUGUCGAAAAAAAUUUACUGUUUCAAAAAAUCUAGAAAUUUUUUGUGAAAAUUUUGGUUUUCGGUCAAGUAGUUGUUGUUGAUGUUUGAAAAUCGAAUUUAAAUGUAAAAAUUCGAAUUUUUCAAUAGAAAAUUACUAGAAAAUUUUUUAAAAAUUCCGAUUUUUCAACAGAAAAAAUUGACUGUUUCAAAAAAUUUAGAAAUUCCUAGUGAAAAAUUAAUUUUUUUUUGAAAAUUUUUAAAAUAUUGAAUUUUUCAUUGUUAAGCAACCUGAAGUUUUAUAUUUUCAGCUAAAAAAAUAUUUUUUAUUUCGAUAAAAAAUUCACUGUUCAAAAAAUCUAGAAAUUUCUUGGCAAAAAUUUGCUUUUAGUUAAAUUAAUUUGUUGUUUGAAAAUCGAAUUCAAAUGAAAAAAUACGAAUUUUUCAAUAGAAAAUCACUAGAAAAUGAAAAAAAAUUGAUUUUUCAACAGAAACAAAUUCACUGUUUCAAAAAAUCUUGUGAUAUUUUCCUGAAGAAAUGUUUUUGUUUCGUCUUAAUUUUUCAGAAGAAAAAUUUCAAUUAUAUUUUUAAAUAAUAUAUGUUUUUUUCACUGUUUCAAGAAAAUCUUCUUGAAUUUGAGUUCGUUCUUGGUGAACUCUUCAGAUUUGCAGCUUUUCCUCGAGAAAAUCAAUAAUUUUUCAGAAUGUCAUCAAUCCAAUGGUCGAGAAUCGAAAUUGGCUGAACAACUAA